AUGGGCAUUCCCUCGCCGACAGGCAUCCAGGGCGACCCGGCUCUCACGUCCUAUGGCAUAGACCAAGCCAAGGAACUGGGGAAGCAUCUCGACACCCUGAAUCCGGCGGUAGAGAAGGUCUAUUCAAGCCCCUUCUACCGAUGCCUCCAGACAAUGGUGCCGUUUAUGGAACGCCAACUGGAAAAACAGCAGCAGCAGCAACAACAACAAGAACAACAACAGCUGCAGAAGGACAAGGCCAAGAAGGAGUUAGAAGCGGAUGAUGACCAGGAAGAGGAGCACAAGACCAAGAAGAGCGCACAGCAGACCCAGGCGCUGCAAAUAUCGCCUGAUGAUUAUGACACGCCAAAACCCUGGCUCACCGGUACAGUCGUGACCAAGAUGCUGCCCGAACAUGGCAUUCGUGAGUGGUUCGGAUCUGCCCCCUUUGAUCACCCGGAGCCAGCUGCGCCUGGCAUCCUCAAGGCCAUGUUCUCUUCAUACGAUGAGAAGUACGUGUCGACCGUGAGGCCGUCCACCAAGGGCGAGACCCUGGAUCAGUUGCAGGAGCGGAUAACAAAGGCACUGAGGGGUAUCAUUCAACAGUGUGAUGCUGAUGGAACGCGGGCAAUUGUCCUGUGCAGCCAUGCAGCGGUGAUUAUCCUCAUCGGCCGCAUUCUUACCGGCGUGAUCCCGGACAGCGUUGACGUUGACGAUUUCCACGCCUACACUUGUGGUUUGAGCGUCUACAACCGCAUACCUCGUGGCGCCGCUAAAGGAAACAACAAUAUAUCUGACAGCCGCGAUGACCGCCAUUCACACUCGCCACCAUACUCAACACCAGAUACCUCGAAAGUGAACAUGAUAGGCGGUUGGGACUGUGAGCUGAACAGCGAUUGCAGCUUCUUGAGUGGAGGCGCUGAAAGAGGAUGGAGGUUCACGGGAGAUGAAUCAUUUCCCGACACAGGGUCUUUGUCCCAAAACGAGGUUGGAUCUAAGCUCUAG